AUGUUGCAAAAUCAUUUGGAUGAUUUUAUUUUGCAUGUGCGAAAAGGUGAUAGUAAUCAGUUAGACGUCAUUGAAGAAGAGGAAGAAGAAUCUGAGACAACCACUACACUUACUUUCGGUGAUAAUAGUAAAUUAACAGUACAACGAGUGGACGAUUUGAAGAGAUUAUCAACUUUAACCAACGAUACAUUAUCGUCAUCGGUUGUUGAAGAUGGAUGA